GAUUCUACACUCCCACCAUAUCAACCAUUAUCAUACUAAACUUCUUUCUUCUAAUAAUGGCUGCAACAACACGUUCCCUUCCAUUCAUCUAUGAUGUGUUCCUCAGCUUCAGAGGGGAAGACACACGCUAUGGUUUCACUGGCAAUCUAUACAGGGCUCUCUGUGAGAAGGGAAUUCAUACCUUCUUUGAUGAAGAGAAGCUUCACGGUGGAGAUGAAAUAACACCUGCACUUUCGAAGGCAAUUCAAGAGUCCAGGAUUGCUAUUACUGUGCUUUCUCAAAACUAUGCUUUUUCCUCAUUUUGUUUAGAUGAACUUGUAACCAUCCUUCACUGCAAGAGUGAAGGGCUGUUGGUUAUACCGGUCUUUUACAACGUAGAUCCUUCUGAUCUCAGACACCAGAAAGGUAGUUAUGGAGAAGCAAUGACUAAGCAUCAGAAAAGGUUCGAAUCUAAGAUGGAGAAGCUGCAGAAAUGGAGGAUGGCUUUGAAACAAGUAGCUGACUUGUCUGGCCAUCAUUUCAAAGAUGGAGAUGCAUAUGAAUACAAGUUUAUUGGGAGCAUUGUUGAGGAGGUCUCUAGGAAGAUUAAUCGAGCUUCUUUACAUGUUCCGGAUUAUCCAGUUGGUCUAGAGUCACAAGUGACAGACUUAAUGAAGCUUUUGGAUGUUGGAUCAGAUGAUGUUGUCCAUAUCAUAGGGAUCCAUGGGAUGCGUGGGUUAGGAAAAACAACCCUUGCUCUAGCUGUUUAUAAUUUGAUUGCUCUCCAUUUUGACGAAUCAUGUUUUCUUCAAAAUGUGAGAGAAGAAUCAAAUAAACAUGGGUUAAAACACCUUCAAAGCAUCCUUCUUUUAAAAUUACUUGGUGAGAAGGACAUCAACUUAACAAGUUGGCAAGAAGGAGCUUCAAUGAUUCAACAUAGGCUCCGAAGAAAGAAGGUUCUCUUGAUUUUAGACGAUGCAGACAGGCACGAGCAAUUAAAGGCUAUUGUUGGAAGACCUGAUUGGUUUGGUCCCGGUAGCAGAGUCAUCAUUACCACUCGGGACAAACAUCUGCUAAAAUAUCAUGGCAUUGAAAGAACUUAUGAGGUGAAGGUUUUGAAUCACAAUGCUGCUCUUCAAUUGCUUACUUGGAAUGCUUUCAGAAGAGAAAAAAUUGAUCCAAGUUAUGAGCACGUCUUGAAUCGUGUGGUAGCUUAUGCUUCUGGCCUUCCACUGGCUUUGGAAGUCAUAGGUUCCCACUUGUUUGAAAAAACAGUAGCAGAAUGGGAAUAUGCUGUGGAACAUUAUAGUAGAAUUCCCAUUGAUGAAAUCGUAGAUAUUCUAAAAGUAAGCUUUGAUGCUACAAAGCAGGAAACACAGGGAUAUAAGUUCACAGUAAUAAACAAUGCACUGACAACCCCCGGUGGUGUGAGAUUCCGUGACAAAAUAGGAGCUGAAUACGCAAACCGAACACUUGAGUUGGCCACCCAAUUCGUAUGGAGGAUCUUUCAGCAAAAAAACCCUUCUGACAGAAAAAAUGUGCAGAAGGUGAGCUUAGUCGUGGAUGACAUGGAGGGUAUUGCAUACACUAUGAACAACGAGAUUCACGUGAGUGCAAGAUAUGUUAAUGGGUAUAGUGGUGGGGAUGUGAAAAGAGAGAUCACAGGGGUGCUGUUUCAUCAAGUUUGCUACGUUUGGCAGUGGUAUGGGAAUGGUGAGGCUCCUGGUGGAUUAAUUGGAGGUAUUGCAGAUUUUGUGAGGCUGAAGGCAAACUAUGCAGCCAGUCAUUGGAGAAAACCAGGGCAAGGACAGAGAUGGGAUGAGGGUUAUGAUAUUACUGCUCAUUUUUUGGAUUAUUGUGAUUCUCUCAAAAGUGGGUUUGUGGCUCAACUUAACCAGUUGAUGAGGACUGGUUAUAGUGAUCAGUUCUUCGUUCAGUUACUGGGAAAGCCAGUUGAUCAGCUCUGGCGAGAUUAUAAGGCCCAGUAUGGCAAUCUAGCCUAAGAUGCUAAUUAAUAGCUUUUAGUUUAAAGAAUACGAGAUUAUAUAUAUCGCAGUAAUGUCUUUCAAUGUCAAUAUUGUAUCAGCUCUUAAUGGCCUGCUAUUACAAGUUCCAAUGGUGGAGUGGAGAGUUUUAUUUAAA